UGCCAGCAGCCAGAGAGGCAGGAAAUCCCUAAGGCAGAAGGGUCCCAUGGUGACCAUCACUGAAGGCAAUCAUCCUCUUUAACAAAAAGCACAGCACCAUAGCAACCAGGACGUCAGCAGCACUGCUAGCUAGACACAGCAGGAACAGCCGCAGGAGCUCAGAAAGCAAAGGGUGCCUACAAGCCAGCCCAGCAAAACGUCAUCCUUUCUCCAUCAAAGGAAAGAGACCAGCACAAAUAUUGCACCCUCCCCAAGAGACAGAUUUAUAUGUCCAGGCAGCUACUGAGCCAAUAUGAACAUGCUUUGCAGUUUCCAGUAUGAGUGGUGCCCUCCAAACAGAGCUGUCAAGUGGGUUUACUAAUAAGAAAAAAGAAGCAGGAGUGCACCUCUGGGAUUAUGUUUGGAAACAGAUCAUCCUCAAGUGCCAGAGGGAAGAAGAACUAGAGGCAGGAACUUGGUGAAGAACUUGAGCAGAAAACGUGACUAUGGUGUUGGCCCAUGGUAUGGAUGACAACAAAGCUGCUUUUGUUCUCCCUACAUUAUUGCUACCACUACAGAAUAUCAGCUACACUGAAACCUCCAUGCCUCUGGCAAGCCAUGAAAUGAGAGAUUCACCCAAGGAGCACAGGCCAGAGAGGAACAAUACAGUGUUGCAUUAUGAACUGAGGCCAGGGGAAAUAGUAGCUGCCAGCCUAGUUUUUGGAGCAUUGUGGCUGUUUUCUGUCUUUGGGAACUCCCUGGUUUGCUUAGUGAUCCACAGGAGCAGGAGGACUCAGUCUACCACCAACUACUUUGUGGUCUCCAUGGCUUGUGCUGACCUUCUCAUCAGUGUGGCAAGUGCUCCUUUUGUACUGCUGCAAUUCACCUCUGGCAGGUGGAUGCUUGGAAACGUUAUGUGCAAGCUAGUGAGAUAUUUUCAGUACCUCACCCCUGGAGUACAGAUCUACGUGCUGCUCUCUAUCUGCGUAGAUAGGUUCUACACAAUUGUCUACCCAUUAAGUUUCAAAGUAUCCAGAGAAAAAGCCAAGAAAAUGAUUGCAGCAUCUUGGGUCUUUGAGGCUGCUUUUUUAUCCCCAGCUUUCUUUUUUUAUGGCUCCAGCUGGGACAAUCAUUGCAACUUUUUUCUCCCUUAUUCUUGGGAUGGAACUAUCUUCAGCAUCGUGCAUCUCCUGGUGGGGUUUUUGAUUCCUUCCAUUCUCAUCAUCCUGUUUUACCAAAAGGUCAUCAAGUACAUUUGGAGAAUAGGCACUGAUGGCAGAACAGUCCGGAGGACCAUGAAUAUUGUUCCAAGGACAAAAGUGAAAACCAUCAAGAUGUUCCUGAUGUUGAAUUUAGUGUUCCUAUUAACCUGGCUCCCCUUUUAUGUGGUGCAGCUGUGGCACCCCCAGGAGACAGACUACAGAAAGAGUUCCUUGGUUUUCAUGGCUAUCACUUGGAUAUCCUUUAGUUCUUCAGCCUCCAAACCUACCUUGUACUCUGUGUAUAAUGCAAACUUCAGGAGGGGGAUGAAAGAAACAUUUUGCAUGUCCUCCAUGAAAUGCUACCGAAGCAACGCAUACACCAUCACUACCAGUUCAAGGAUAGCCAAAAAAAAUUAUGUUGGAAUCUCAGAAAUCCCAGUGCCAGCCAAAACAGUGACCAAAGAUUCAAUCUAUGACUCAUUUGACAGAGAAGCAAAGGAAAAAAAACUUGCUUGGCCUAUCAAUUCAAACCCACCAAAUACAUUUGUUUGAUUGGUUUAGUUGUUUUGAAUAAUUAUUAUGCACCACAAAAUCAAAAAGCUUUAUCUCUUUUUUUGGAACAGAUGUAUAUUUACAUAUUUUGGCAUACAACUAUUAGGGAGAAAAAGAUGCUUUAUUUUAUUAAAUGCAUUAAUUUUGUUGUAUACAGUAUUUUUAUUUAGUUACAUUCUGCUUUUUGGAACAAUUAGACUCAUGGAACAAUCUUUUAAAAAAAUUUCACACUAUGCAUGUAAAUGAAAGGAAAAACACUUUUUACAACUGUACAUAUACAUACAUACACAUACACACACACACACACUUAUAUAUACAUAUACAUACAUACACAUACAUACAUACACACACACACACACUUUUUCUACUGUAUAUUGGCCACUACAUAUAAAAAUAUAAACCCACUGAGUCCACAUUGACUCCCUUUGUUACUACCCUGCUAAGGUGUUGGAUUGUAUCUUUUGAAACUAACUGCUCCACUUGAAGUUAAUGAUAAAACACCUUUCAGUGGAAACAGAAGCUCAAGCUGGGGCUGAAUGUAUUUGAAUAUCCCACCUGGUAUCUGGCAUGGUCUCCUGUAGUGGAACUCCCUUAUCUUGUCACUUUUGUCUGACUUCUUAACAUUCAUAAGGCUACAUUGACACUGCAGUCAAAAGUGUAAUAGCAGCAUGUGGAGAUGUGCCUGAGCUAGCUUUAGUUUAGCUGUUGCCUCACAGGUGUCAGCACAGACUGUGUCACUCCAGUGAAGACACUGAGUCCUCACUUGAUAGGCAUACCCUAUGCUGAUUCAUCUUCACAACUGUCAGAUUGCAGCAUCUGCCUACACUUGCUGUAAUCACAUCCCUGACAGCGUGUAGAUGUAGCCCAUGAAACAUUUUUCCUUUCAUCUUGAUCAAUGGAAGAAGUACAAAACUAAGUCUGCAACUUACAAAGACUUACAAAAGUACAAAGACUUUUCACCCAAGUUCAUUAGAACUGAUCAUAUGGAUAAGGCAGAAGGCAGGGCCAGGUGAUACCUGAGAGACUAAGGGGUUCAGAGAGACAUGAGCUUUUGUAGGUGACAGCCUACUUUGUCAGAUGCUAUGAAAAGUUAUGGGUAAGAUUUCUAUGGGUAAAAUGAGGCUCUUCGAGAUACAGACUCAGUCCUUAUCUACCUCAGAGGAACUAGCAUUUAAAUCGAGGCUUUGAAAAAAAAGACCAAGGGCACA